GGGAAGUUCUACCUGAUUAUUGAGGAGCUAAGCCAGCUCUUCCGCUCCCUUGUCCCCAUCCAGCUAUGGUAUAAAUACAUCAUGGGAGAUGAUCCAUCCAGCAGCUACUUCCUUGGUGGUAUCCUGAUUAUCCUGUACAGCCUCUGCAAGUCCUUUGACAUCUGUGGUCGUCUGGGAAGUGUCAGGAAGGCACUGAAGGUCCUCUGCACCCCACAGACCUAUGGAGUUCGUGCCACCAGCCAGCAGUGCACUGAGGCAGGUGACAUCUGUGCCAUUUGCCAAGCAGAAUUCAGGGAACCUUUGAUCCUGAUGUGCCAGCACGUGUUCUGUGAAGAAUGCCUCUGCCUCUGGUUUGACCGGGAGAAGACCUGUCCUCUUUGCCGUUCUGUCACGGUAGAAACCCUGCGUUGCUGGAAGGAUGGCACCACCUCUGCUCAUUUCCAGGUGUAUUAG